AUGAAUAAAAAUGAUGGGAAAAAUAAGGGAUUGGCUAAAAAAUAUUUUUACCCGGGAUUUUCUGGGAUUUAUUUACAUUCAUUUUAUAGAAUUUUUUUUUAAAAAAAUCAUUUAUUUCGGAUAAAUCAAAAUAAGAAAGCUGUCAAGUCUCGGUGGAAAAACUUCAUGAAAAAGACUGAAAAGCAGCCUGAGUCACAUGAGGCUGAAGAGUGGGUAAAUGAGGUUUUCCAGUCCACGUUCCACACCCCACAGUUUUCAAGCGCAGAUUUAAUUAUCAAUAGUGAUGUUUUCCAUGGAGUACAGGAUAAAAGAUUAAUAAAAUUACUUUUGCCUUCUAAGAAGCCGUACCUUGUAGAUUUUCUCAAUUUUUUCCAGUUUUAUUCUUCUGAAAUCCUUUUUUUCUAUUAACACAGGAUAAAGAUAUUUUGGAAAUCAUCCCAAAUGAUAAUUCAGCCCAGCCAUUUGUGGUGCAAGUGACUUCGACCUCAAUGACUAAUAAAGCGAAUAUUACACUCAGUAUAAGCACACAGCUAGCUUCAGUACUAAAUAUAAACCAUUUGAGGAACUUAGAUGUAAAUGUGAGGAGGCCGGAUUUAGCAAAAUAUGAACUACAGGCAGUGCUGGUGUCUAUAAAAGAUCAAAGCUUGGGGAGAGGCGAAAUGUGAAAGCUUUCCCAAGCAUUUAGGGACUCUGCUGUAUACAAAAGCCAAAGGCUAUCAAAAAAUGGCGUGAGAACUGAAAUAAGUGACUUAAUUGUAGAAAGGAAAAGCGGCUUAAGCGGUGUUAUCACAAAAGAUACAAAAAUCACCUAUAGAUCAAAAUCAGCCAAAACUAUAUGAUUAAUAGAAUUAUCCAAAGAAAUGUGGGAGCAUUCCCCAAGCGGGCUACUUUACUGAGAAAAAGUGAUUUCUCUAUUAAUGACUGCUUUUGAAAGGCAAAUACUAAAAAAAACUUCUCAUGAAAUCACCGUCAUUUUCUAUUGCCGAGUCUUUAUACCUAUCUCUUGUGAUGAAGCUUGAAGUAUUGGCUACCAAGUUGACACCAAAAAAAGGCCUUAUAUUGAUGUAUAUAAGGAGAUUUUGAAAACUUCUGAUAUCAGAAACUCUUUUAAAGACGUUAUGAAGAUUAUUAAAAGAGAAAUCAUGUUUUUUCCUUCACUAAUUAAUUGGAAAACUGACUCUGGGAUAACUGGGGAUGCAUUUUUGCAGCUAUUUCCAUUAGAAAAAUUCAAUGAAAACUCAGAAAUAUUCCAAGGGUUCCACCAAUCACUUAUAUAUAAUGUAUCCCAGUCGCUUGCAUCUUUGACUCAUUAUUCUACCUCUUUAGCGUCAUCUAAAAAUACAAACUUUCUAGAGGCUAUCAAUUUUACCUUAAAUCGCUUGCAAACACAAGAAAACGAAAAGAAAAGCAGCUACACUGGGGCUGAGUUAAUAGUAAUUUCAGCUGGAAAUUCAGUUUACUACACUAAUAAAAAACUUAUAAAACUUACCAAGGUCCGUGUAUUAGCUUUUGGAGCUACCCUCGAAGUAAUGUGUCUGAGGCGAAAACCUAUGCACCCCACCCCUAUGCUAAUUUAUGACGCCCAGCCUACCGUCUCUUCUAUUGACGACGAUUUCGACGAAGUUAUAAUGAGAUCUGAAGAAAACAACAUAAAAAACUACACCUGCCCAUACUGGUUUCGGACCCAUUGGUUCUACUCUUUUGUACAGCUUGAAGGCACCUGUAAUCUCCAAAGUUCAGUCCAUACCAUCACCCAUGAGCGUCCUCACAAGUUUCACCCCUUAUUUAGACUCUCCACAAUUCACGUGACCCUCAAUAAAAGUCUUUUCCUUAUAAAAUCAUCUGGAAAUGAAAAUUUAGCAAUAGGGAGUUUUGACGAGCUGGCCAGCCCUAGAAGCCGAAGGACUAAUGAUAAAUUAACGAUGCCAAAAAUCAAUAAUUCCAGCAAUUCUUUAUUAGGAGAACUGAAUAAGCGGAAAAUGAGCGAGGGCAGCGGCGAUAGUAUGUCACUGUCACCGAGAAGAGGCAGUGUAGAGAGUGGAAGAAGAGACAGCAUGCACGAUUGGUCGAGAAAUAGUGAAAGAGAUCCUAAGAUGGGCUCUGAGCAUACACAUAUGUCCUCGCAUAUAUACAAAAAGAGGUUUUCCUCAUUUAAAAGAAGAUGGGGGCAAGCUUUUCCUGUAGUUACAGAGUUUCCUGAAAGUAUUUUGGAUGGGGAUUCAAGCUUGUAUAAUAAAGAUGCAUUGGAGUAUUAUGAAUCAUUGUGGAAUGCAAUUUUAGAGCCUCUAUUGUUGCCACUUACGACUGAUUUUUGGCCAAGGACUGAAGAUUUAGGUUCAAGCCAGCCUUAUCAGUCAUUUGUGUCGUCAGAACUGUCAAGAGAUCAAGCAGUUAAUGAAAUUAUUGCCCAUAGACUUGAUCUUGGCUUCCAGACAGUCCAAAAGCACGCUCUUGACGCAUUUGGGAAUAAAGUUUCUGCCCCAGACUAUGCAGUCUCUUUAGGUGCUGCCUAUCACCAAAUAAUCCCAUCUACCUUUGAUGACUGCAGUUUGGAGUUCAGGACCUUUUCUCCUAAAGAGCACUUUUUAAGCUACUCCUACAGUGCAGCUAUUUUUGACCACAUUCAAGGACUUUUCACAUACUCUCCUGUUGAAUUUUCUUUUAAUUUCAACAAAAACUGGGACAAAAGUGACUCUUCGAUUUUGGGUCAUGAGCCAAGAAUUGAUAUGAGAUUUUAA